UGCUUGUCGUCGUAGCGCUGAUUGUCUUCAAUCAAUGUCAUCCGUGCAUUCUUCAAAUUGUAAUGAGAAAACAUUGCUGAUUGAACGGAUUUUAGCAGAUUAAUGAGAUUGUUUAACGAGAAGAAGACGGUUGUUUUUUAUAUGCCUUGUUUAUUCAGCCGCGACGGAUGCGUUAAAGGUUUUUUAUAGAUUUUGAUGCGGUUGUCGUUAAUGUAUUCUGGCGUAUAUAUUAGCGAGUUCAAGGUCGUAUUAUCAUAAACCGCUGGUCACUGCCGUCUUCUGGUUGUCUAUAAUCACAUCGGGGAAAAUGUAUGGAUUUGUGGCUUUCAUUGUCUUAUUUUGUGGAUGCCGGUUCAGGGAAAUCUCCGCGCUUUCUGUCGAUGACUACUUAUUCGCCGGUGACAACUUCUUUGCGCGCUCCGACUUUCCCCGCAUGAUGCGGCAUCCGCGUCCGUUCCGCUUCAUCACCACCCUGGAGCAGGCCAAUGAAAUCCCCAACCCGCGAUUCCGUCCCAUCGGAUCGCCGUUCUCGGCGUUCAAGGAUCUACCGCCGGUGAUGCUGGAGACGACAACUACGCCCCGACCGACCACCACAACGUCCGCAUUCCCGCCGGUGGGAUUCCCCAUCGGGUUCAACAAGUUGAAUAAACCGUUUAAGAAGAUCAAGGCGCCGUUCAAUUCCAUGAAAGGGCUCCCGCCAAGUUUCUUCGACCUGCUGGUUGCGCAGACGACGACAACUACCACGACAACGACGACACCAACGACAACGACUUCCACAACCACGCCCACAACGACAACUACCUCGACGACAACCACGACGUCCACAACCACGCCUACUACGACUACAACAACGACAACCACAACUCCGACGACAACCACUUCCACAACGACGCCAACAACUACAACAACGACCACGCCCACUACUACCACCACGACGACGACACCAACAACUACCACGACAACGACCACCACAACAACGACACCGACAACUACCACAACGACAACUACGACCACACCUACCACUACAUCCUCCACCACAACGCCAACCGCCCGGACCGAAGGGAAUAAGGUCGCCACAGCGAGGUCGUGUUCACCGGAUGUCUUAGCGGCCAACUGGCACGGUAUCGUGCCAGUGGGACAAUGCGUGACCCUGGAGGAAAUCGAUGCCGUUUGUCAAACGCUUUUCUCCAGCAUGUUCGAAGCCGCCGCGUCCAGCGGCUGUCCGGCAACGAGCUGGUGUUGUUACCGCGCUCCUGUGAACGCUGUGCAGUGAAAAUCUCUGCUGUGGAAACAGCAGUGAGCUAUUAAUUAUUGUGAUACCGGUGCCAAAUGACGGAUGAUACUGGGAAGAUCGCAGGAGAAAGAAAAUUGUUUGGUGCUUAUGCGGGAGUUUGUUGCUUAAAAUUUUAAUGUCCACAUUCGGCUUUUAUUGCAAAUGCUGGCUAAUCCACAUAUUAUUAUGAAAAACGUUAUGAUUUGCUUUAUGCACAGUUUUAUGUUGUAUCAAUCACAACCUUCAUGUAACUUACUAACUAUUACGAAGUUUUGAAAACAGGAUUUUCACAGACUAAAUUCUCACCAUAGCUUAGCCAUCUGCUGGCAGUUG